GCGGCGGACGCGUCUGACGGCGGGUGUCCCCUGUCGCCUCCUCCCCUCGUUUCCCCCAAAGACGGAUCCGGAGCAGCGUGUAACUGUUGUGCCUCCUUGCACGUCUGUUACCUAAUAGGGCCUCCCGAUGGCCUGCCGCCGCCCGCGCCCCUACGUGGCCUGGGUGCGUCGUGCUUCCACACUGGCCCCCAGCGGCGCCCACACAGUCUAGCCUCCCUGUUUCGGUCCCCGGCCCCCGCCCCGGCCCCGUCUCCCCGCCGGAGCGGUCACCGCCAAUCCCGCCGUUCCUCCGUGGCCACCGCGGCCGGCACUAUGGGCAGUGAGCAGAGCUCCGAGGCCGAGAGCCGACCCAACGAUCUGAACUCCUCAGUGACUCCUUCUCCAGCGAAGCACAGAGCCAGGAUGGAUGAUAUUGUGGUGGUAGCUCCAGGCUCCCAGGCCUCACGGAAUGUCAGCAACGACCCUGAUGUCAUCAAGUUACAAGAGAUUCCAACCUUCCAGCCACUUUUGAAAGGGCUGUUGAGUGGCCAGACUUCCCCAACAAAUGCCAAAUUGGAGAAACUGGACUCUCAGCAGGUGUUGCAGCUCUGCCUCCGUUAUCAGGAUCACCUGCAUCAGUGUGCGGAGGCCGUUGCUUUUGAUCAGAAUGCUUUGGUGAAACGAAUCAAAGAGAUGGAUCUGUCCAUAGACACCCUCUUUAGCUUCAUGCAGGAGCGCCAGAAAAGGUACGCCAAGUAUGCGGAGCAGAUCCAGAAAGUCAACGAGAUGUCCGCCAUCCUCCGCCGCAUACAGAUGGGCAUCGACCAGACGGUACCCCUGAUGGAGAGGCUCAACAGCAUGCUGCCCGAGAAUGAGCGGCUAGAGCCCUUCAGCAUGAAGCCCGAUCGGGAGCUCAAACUGUAGAGAGCCUCUCCCUCCCUGCCAGGCCUCUGCUCCCGGGGAUAGAGCCUGGCACCUUCGCCAAGGCCCGGGGGGCAUUUGGAACCUGAGUCCCGUGGUCUGACCAGGCUUGGAAGCCCAAGUUGGAGGCUUUGGUGAGCCCUGGGGUGAACGUGAAGCUGUCUGCAGCCUGAAACUCUCAUUUGUCUCUAAUUGUUCUAGGGUAUGGUUUCCUCUGUCAGCUGAACCACAGGUGCUCAGUGAUAGCUGAAGUCAGAACAUUGCAAUUAUUGGGAAGUCUUUACAGAACUCGGCCCUGGGAACUGUUUUUAUUUUGCUUCCGGUUUGGUCUUGUUGUUUUCUCAUCGAGAGUGAAUAAUCUGGUCUAGUUGAAUGAAAAGAUGGAGGGAAAGGGAGAUUUGAAAGAACUGUACUUGAUGCCUUCAUGAAAUUGUACUGAGUAGGGUCUCCGGGCCAGGGUUAGAAACAUAAAGAACUCAUUUAAUUCGG